CCUCAGACAAUAAAAACAAGGCGAAGCCCGCACAGUCGGCAGCUUCUCGGCUCCAUUCAAAGGCGUCUGAAGGGGGGAAUCAGAGCUAUGGACACACGGCCGCCGGUCUGGGACUAAAGAUGUAGUUGCAAGGAUGCCAGCCAACUGCAUCUCUCGUUUGUUCCUCUUCGCGUCGGUGUGCGCGGUUUGGGAGGCGCUGGCCAAAUCUGUUCCAGAUCAGGGAGCGUUGGAGGUGCAAAUAAAAGUCCAGGUGUUCGACAACAGCGACCUGUCACCAUUGGCGGAAGCUCAGGUGGAAGUGCACGGUAAUCAGACCCUCCUGGCGUCCAGCCGUGCCGGCAGAGAUGGCGUGGUGAGAGUCAGCUUCCUGUACCGUGCAGGAACGUGGGUCAUCAUUACAGCCUCCAAACAUGACUACGUCACCAACUCUGUGCCCUGGCACUCCAACCGCAUACCCCUGUAUGCAUCGGUCAGCCUGUACCUCCUCGUUCAGAGGCCGGGAACUCUUAUUCUGUACGAUGACGUCCUGCAGGUGCUGUCUGGGUCUCCAGGGGCUCGUAACCAGCCGCUCGUGCAGCUCCAGAGGAAGUCCACUCAGCUGCCAUCCAGCUCCAACUACACGGCGCUCUCUGCUGUGCUGACCACAGCCAGGAGCCAGUAUGAAAUAGGUGGUUUCCCCUUCCUGCUGGGCCAAGAGACCAACAGCUCAGGUGCAGAAAUUGGGUGGACGGACUUGACGGCGCUGGCGGUGGUCAGCGUUCAGCUCUUUGAUAAAGAUGGCAACGUGAUCCAGGUCUCAGAUCCGAUCCACAUCUCUGUGCCGCUGCCGUCAGACACCAGGAACAGGAUGGCCACGAGUGUGCCUGCUUGGCUGUAUCAGCCAAGGAUGGGACUGUGGACUCGGAACGGUACGGGCUACAUCAAAAAGGACGGGACACAGUUUGUCUGGAACGUCGUGGUUCCUCAGAUGGGAUACUGGCUGGCUGCCUUUCCGACAUCUUCAGGUUUGGGUUUGUCUCAUCCGGGCUUGAGGGAUAUCACCACCUACCACACCCUGUUCCUGCUCUCCAUCCUGGGAUCGCUGGCCCUGCUGGUGCUCAUCCUGCUCUGCGUGCUGCUCUACUACUGCAGGCGGAAGUGUUUGAAACCCCGUCGACAGCAAAGCAAACCCCACACGUCCAAUUUAAAUGGUGCUAAGAGAGACCAGGGCACAUCAACGUCACGCCUGAAUCUGAUCUGUGGAGGCCAUGUUGAAUCAGGCCCCUCCAAUGACAAAUCUGACUUGUCACCAUCUCGAGACUACCAGAGUUCAAGGGAGGAUUUGACUAAGCAUGUUCCAGCCCACAUGCUGCGCCACGCAAAGGGUAAAAACACUUCAGGUUCCCAACGGGGUGAAAGCUUCCCCAUGAAGGUCACACGUGCCACAGAGACCAACAACUUGGACAGCCCUUUGCUGCAUGACGACUACAACCGGAACUACAGUCCCAAAGACAACAAGGAGUCCGACUAUCACAGACACCACAAUGCCAACGACAAUCGCGGGUACUCCUCCGAUCCCCCAUCCCCACCUCGCUUCCAAGGCUACGUCCCAAGCCAGUCAGACAAGCCUCCAGAUUAUUCAGCGGCAGCAGCAGAUAGCCUUGCCCGACCCACGUCCCUCAACACCCAACCAGGGCAGAUCAUCUUCUGCAGCUCCAUUGACCAGAUGAAGGAGAACAUGUACCGGAGCAUGGUGCCGACCCUGGUUAUCCCAGCCCACUACAUGCGCCUGCCGUCUGAGUUUUCUGGCAAAGAUGGCAAGGACCAGAAGGAUCAAGACAAAGAUGGUGCACAGAUGGGAGGAAGCCAGCAGCACCAUCACCACCACUCCCAGAAACAAGGCCAGCAGCAACUGCAGCAGGGUGGAUCCCAAGGUGAUGACUCUGAGGAGCCAAGCUGGGCAUCUGACUCAUCCGGGGGGCCUGUGACCAUCCCAGUACUCUUCAAUGAUUCAACCAUGGCUCAGAUGAAUGGCGAACUUCAGGCUCUGACUGAGAAGAAGCUGCUGGAACUUGGAGUUAAACAGCAUCCGCGGGCAUGGUUCAUCUCUCUUGAUGGUCGCGCUAACGCUCAUGUGCGCCACUCCUACAUAGAUGUUGGGAAUGACCUCAGUGGUGGUGGUGGAUUUGGAGGCGGCUCCAGUAGCACUCCACGGGAUGUCAACCUUGAACCACCUCUGGAGGCCCAAGAGCGAAAAUCAGCUGCAAACAGAAAGGGAAAAGAUGAGCGCUGGGGGACGGGAGGACGAAAGGGUCAUGGUGUUAGCAGCAGUGGCGGGAAGAGUUACUCCAAGUUGGCCUACCCUGACCACAGCGAGCCCAGCAGCAGCGAGGGACGCCCCGUCUCCCCUGAGGAGAACUCCCUCACCCCUCUCCUGGACGAAGGCCCGUCCUCCCGAGGAUCCACCAUCCCAAGAAGAGGCCGCAGUCGCGUGAAUAGCAGCCGCAGCAGCAACAGCGAGAACCGCCGUGACUCCAUGACCAGUCCAGAGGAUGAUCCUGAGGACAAAGAUGAGAACAAGAAGAGCCCCUGGCAGAAGAUCGAAGACAGGCCUCUGAUGGUCUUCCACCCCAGGAAGUGAGCUUAUUGAACGAACACUGGACCUUUAACAGUCUUCUGAGAGGGGAGUCUUUCACAUCAGCGAGAGGGAGGUCACAAUAAGCACAGCCACUGCUUCACCUGUCCAUUUCCAGCUUGUUGUUUGACCUUUGUGUUUGCCAGUUACUCUCGUAGCCUCACUGUCAGUUAAUCCCUCUGGUUUCCACUGAGUUGUAGACUGAAAUCUGUCCAGUUCAUUGUGAAUCCCGUCUCCUAUCACCCAUCACUGAACCAUGGUCUGAGCCAUUGCACAUACUGACUGUGGAAAUAGCCAUUUUAUAGAGCAAAAUAUAAGAAUAGAGCACUUGCUAAUAAUUUGAUAACUUAUUGAUUGAUACAGAGUAUUUGGAAGAGGAUGGCGUUUUUUUUAUGGGACUGAAGUGUAUUUAGGUGAAUUAGGUUUUUUCCCUGGACUGAUUCUACACAAAAGCUCACAGUGAUGGUAGAAGAUGUGAGCUCAUUUUUUCUUGUCUACUCCAAAACAGUUUCCCAAAGCCUGAACGAGAAGUUGUGCAAGUUUGUCCUCGAGCCCCUGUGAAUGGAUAACAAAUAUGUUACAAAAUCCAACGUGCGACUUGCAUUUUGCUCCUUCAGGGAUGUUCUUGAUUUCCUCUUCCUCCUGUACUGUGUUCAUGUGUUGUAAUUACCUACUCAGAUAGUAAUGAUUUGAACUGUUGAGCAUCAUCUUCAUCCUCUCUGUUGUUGAGUUAUUACAGUGAUCUUCUGCCAAAAGUACGCAUUUCUGCCUUUCUCCUCUUUUUGGCCAGCAGAAACUUCUUUGCAUUUGGGUCAUUCCAGUAAAAAUCAGUCAGUGCCUCCCACCUGACUCCAUUUGAAAGAGCUGAUUUUUUUUUUUCUGUACCAACUUUAGCAUCUUUAGUGAAGAAAUGUAAGGUUUUACCUUCAUACUUCAGAGCCCUCAAAAUACAUAGGAGUGGGCUGAAAUUUGGUGCUUUUUAAUUGACGUUAAAGACAGACAGACAUGAGAUUUUCAUGCUGAAAAACACAUUUAAGUCACAUCAGUUUCCACACCCACUCCAAGUGUCACAACCUAAAGUCCAAAUGUUACUGACCCAGAGGGUCACGGGACCUGUGGAUGCUCUGAGUAUGAACCAACGGAUGAGGACACUGCGCUGAACACAAGCUACGGCCAAAGAACAUCUGGAGAGCCUCUGUGAUCUAGAACCUUAGAGUAUUUUGAAAAACUUCUUUAGAACCUAAAAUUGUUUCAUAAAUGUGUCCAAAGUGUGAAUUCCAGUGUUGAUUCUCCAUUUCACAGCCAUAUGACUAUAUUAGAAAAUUGUUCUGUCCCAGAAGGAAUCACAGCUGGAAGUUAAGCCUCGUAUAAUAAUGUGAAUUAAAAGGGAGAUCUUUCAUAUACUAUAACUUAUUUUGACCAGCUAACUAUCCCACAUGAUGAUAUGACCCUUAAAAUGCACUUAUUGGAAUUUUCUCUGGUGAAUUUUUAGAGUUGGUUACAUAAAAAACAAGAUUUUGGCUUCAGACACUUAGACACUUGGAGAGGGUCAAAUUUAUUUGGUCACAGUUUUUACAUUUUAAAUAUGUUUUCCACAUUUAAUCUGAAAAGCGCAUGCGGAUAUCUCCUGUACUCAUGAAGUGAUGAGCGCUCAAUAAGGCUAAAAAAAAUUUGGACCCACUGUUAUGUACUCUGAGGGCCUUUGACUUGGAAACUAUUCAUAGUAUGAAGGUAAAAUAUAGACUUCAAUAAAGUUAUGACGUAAGAAUAACAUCUGUGGAAGCUUCUGAGGGGGUCAGGUGGGAACUUUUUUCAGAUUUGGCCAAUUCUCUGCGGAAUGACCCGUUUAUGUUGUGUAAAUAGAUGCCCAGAUAUUUGAAAGACCAUUUGGGAUAAAACGGUUGCAUGCAUAUGAAUGUAUGAAACAAACAGAAGGCACCAAAAGCCCCCCUUUCCCACACAAGUUCCUCCAGUGUAGACGACCCCUGAAUGCCAAGAAACAAGCAUAGGUCCAAACAGAGGCGCCGCUUUUACUUGAAGAUUUAUUACUUCUAGAAUAUCCUACUGAGGUCAGCAGGGGUUGUUUGUAGACGGAGCCUGAACCACUUCUCUCCUGUAAGUGCCUUCUUUCACAUAGGAUCGAGUGAUAGGCAUGCCGGUCCCUUUUUAAAAUGCAGUCAGCGGUCACCUAAACUCACUGUCGAGAUAAGCACACUGCAUUGCGGUAGCAGCAACACGCUGCGUCACUCUGGGGAGCAUGCCCGCCAAAACGGACAACUUUUCUUGUGGCUAUUAUAUCCUUAGAUAUCUUCAUUUCUUGUAUCUAUCCUCUUUUUUCACCAAACCUGUAAAUGGUAUGAUGAUCUAUAUGAGAUUUUAUGUGUAUACGAUGUGCAUGUUACAUGUAGAAUAGGCUGUUUUUAAUGAAACUUUUUUUUUUUUAUUGAUAACAACGGUGUUUGGCACAAAAUGAUACAUUGGACUGUGUUGCCAAAUGAACUUCAUGAAGACACAUUGACUUUUUCCCUUAAUCCACUUCUAACAAAAUUCACUUCCGGUCGUAAAUGUUUACAACGAUAACAUACUGACCAACACGCUCCUGCUGUUACGAGCAUCACCACUGCCUAUUCAACAACUGUGAACUCAGACAGGCUGAUGGCUUUUUUUGUUGGUGGUUUGGCAGACUAUGAGCUUAUGAAGGGAAACGGCUGUAUAAAAGUCACGCUGACAUGUUGCUCCUUUGCACCAUUCGCUUGCUCUUCAUAAGCCUGUGUCAGUAGCCUACAGUACAAGCUGGAAACGUGAUGUAACUCAAAAGUCUGAAGAAUAGCACAACCAUGAAUCGAUUCCUGCUGAAAUGUCGCGUCCACUGCUGUAAAUGUACUUUUUUAAGUUUUUUGGAUCAGAUAUGGACGUAUUGAGUUGUGCAGUUGUGGCUUUUCUUGCUUGUUUAUGUUUUACAUGGAGUGGUUUCCUCAGAUUUGGUGAAGGAUUUGGUGCUGAAUCCCUGAGAGGAAACUUCAAAGCUGGAAACCUGCUGUGGUGGAUUUUUUUGAUAGUACUUGAGAGGGUCAGGAGGAGCGAGCUGUAGGCCUUCGUCUGUGCAGUAAAUCAUCGGCUUCAUUCACCUGGUCAGUUGUUUGUAAACUGUAAAUUGAUUCAACUUUCUGUACAUGAGAUAAAAUAGAAAUAAAUUUGUUCCCACGGUC